GCAUUUAAUAUUUGCAAUUAUGACAGGUUAAAAGUUGAACAAUAUUUUAUCGAGGCAAACGUAUCCACAAGGUCAUCAAACAACCUAAGGUAGUUUCUAUAGGGGGAGUGCUUGCAUGCUCGCUAGAUGCCUCCUGCAUUCUCACUGAGCAAGAUUUUCCUAAAAAGCGCUAUUUUUUGCUUCGUAAAGGUGAUUUUGAUUCUAUAACUAGUAUGGUGGUAGUGUCGUGGGCCGGUGUGGUUCCCAUCUACAACACGGCACUGAAAGUGUGCGCUGCAUGGAGCAUUUUAAAGUCCGAUUCGCACUGUGCGACUCCAGAUAGAUUGUGCUGAGAUGGAAAGGGAUGAUUAGUUAUCUUGCCCUUAUGCGUAUCUUCUUUAUCGAGAAUACAAUGCGUUUUGUUUUCAUGGAAGAAAAAUGAAAUACUAAAGAUCAGAUUUGACAUGGUUAUAGAAGGCUAGUCCACUUUUGUAAUUCUCUAAUGCAUUGCGGCAAGAGUUGAACCCUGCAUGUCUUUCUUGCCGGAAAGCGUCGCAUCAUUAUAGCGUAUUCACGAAUGUUUUUUUUUAAAUGAUUUGUCAAGUAAAAAGGAGCAAGAUACAUGCUUAUGUAUAGCAAUAGUAACUAAUCAUGAAUCGUUUCACCCAUUAUUCUUCAUUAUAUUCGUCCAGGGAAACUUUCUCACGAUCCCAAAACUCCGCCAACGCUGUUUCCAGCUUCGAACCAUUGAAAUUGAAGCUCGACCGGCCCCUUGCCGCAAAAUCGAGACGAAAUCAGCGAGGAAAACUAUCCAAUCAUGCUAAAUUAGAAGGUAGUGAAUGCGAAUUGCAUGUGGAGACCAAAAACGAUAAUUCCACUUCUGCUGUGAAUUGUCGAUCCCCCUCCGCUUUGCGGGAGGGGGGGAGCCAGGAUGUGGUUGCUGUGAUGCCCACCAGCUCAAUUUCCGAUGGUGAACUCGCCAGCUUAUCUAGCCAGAGUAAAAGGAAAGACGACAAUUUUUUAGAGAUCGAAAAGCGCGCUUGCAUUGUGCUUGAUCAAAUUUUCAUGCAAGACUCUAGCGACAGUACGAUGCUCUGUAACAUGAAUCAGUACAUUCAGCCUCUUAAGGAUUACCAGAAGGCUUGCCAGAAUCGCGCGAUGUACAGGAGGGCAGAUCUCAUCCAGCAGGUAUUGAGGAGACUUCGACUAGACGCGGAGUCGUAUCACAUGAAUGAGCUGACAAAGGCGCAGAUGAAGGAUCGUGAAGCCUUGGAGGAGUUAUAUCGUCGGGAUUUCCGUGAAUUUCACCUUCUGUGGAAUGCACGUAUCGAUGAGUUUGAAAAGCGGAUGAUGGAGCAAGAGAUUCGAUUAGUACAGCAUCAAAAUGACAAAAUGAUUAAGUUUCAGGAGGAAAUACGGAGCUCUCCACCGCGGCUGCUUCGAUAUAGCCGUUCCCUAAUCGAGUCGCGCAUGCGUCAACAGUCGCUCGCACGACAGGAAAAUUAUAUCUUUGCAGCGGCGGAAAAGCGGAAAGCUGACAUCCUCGACGCACUGGAUCUCACACGCUUUGAAGAAUCCAAGGCCGCACUUUUCGCUCAUCGCGAGCAAGCCCUUCGUCAUCAUCAGGAUCAAGAAUUAUCUGCCUUGCAAAAAAGAAUCGAGAGCCGACGAUUGCUUCUCGAGCGCACCCGGCAGCAGGAGUUGGAGAUUCUGCUUCAGAGAUAUAUAAACGCUCGGAAUGAGAUGGAAAUUCACCAGGGUAUUGUGCGUAGCAAAACUGGUUUGAUGCUGCAAAAACACUCAUGCAAUAUGCGAGUGGAUGGCAGCGGAAAUGCUUCUCUUAUGGAGAGUGUUGAAUCUGGUGCAUUCGGUACAAUCAUCAAGCAUCGGUUGGAGCAAGCUCCUCGAGUUGCAUCACCUAAAAUAGAACAAUGCGAUGCUUAG